UCGCAGCACAUCUCGCGAUACCAGGGACCAGGCGAUUUAUGGGCGGGGUUUAGCGCGUUGCUGGCCGAACCGUUUGUUUGAACCGCUGCUUCUGCUCAAUCACAGGGCCGUCGACGAGACCUGAGCAGACAAAGCCCUUUUUGGAGUGCUCUGAACCACCAGUUUUUGGAGAUUGUCGGUCCAGGCAGCAGGUCCUGAAGAAUGUCGACCUUUAGACUUGGGUCCACUACUGGUCCCUGCAAGAUUUCCUCUGAGAGACUCCAGUCCCAUAUCACUGGGGAAAACGAUGAUAGAGAUGACUGCGACCCUGACAAACUUCUGCAGUGUCCUUUUGACAAGAACCAUCAGAUCCGGGCUUGCCGCUUCCCGUACCAUCUGAUCAAGUGCAGGAAGAAUCAUCCCCAGCUGGCUAGUGAACUAAAAACCUGUCCGUUUAACGCUCGCCACCUGAUACCCAAGCACGAGCUGACUCUGCACACCGCCACCUGUGUGGACAGAAGAUCUGUGAGCACACAAGACUCGGGGGAAACAGAAGGGCGAUACAAAUGGCAGGUUCCUGUCAGCACUUGGACCAACCCCAACACUACUGAGGACUGGGAUGAAGAGGCUGAUCAUACUGCUGCUCCUUUCGUAUGGGGUGAAUCUACAUCCUUAAAUCUAAAGAUGGAAGCAAGCACCACCAACAACCUUACACCUAGUGUUAGAGUGCCCCACACUCUUCCAUGGUCUGUUUGUAGACCGUGAAUUUUAUUUCCAUUUUAAUUGAAACUUAUUUUAGGCCGCCUGUAUGUAUGCAUGUAUGGAUAUACUUGUUUGUUAGAGGCACCAGCGCUACAGUUCUUGCAAUAAAUUUUUAGAAGUGUGUCCAACACAAGAUUUUUGUAACUUUGAGUCCUGAUUGCAAGAGCCUUGUUUUUGUCUCACUGCAUUGGUGUUUUGUUUUAGUUCUUUCUUGAGUGCUGAGUAUACCAGAAUCUUAUGACCAGCAGCUUAUAUUUGGGCAGCUGGGUGAUUCUGUAUUUUACAUUCCAGGUCGGAUAACUAAUAAAUGGUUAAAACUGC